AUGCUUUCAAUAGAAAAAGAAAAUUCAAGAGUUGCUACAACUAAACCAUUAGAUGAACUUUUUACGAAUGUCGGUCAAAAGUUUGAGACAGAGACCGUAAAGCAUGAAGGCUAUCGUUUUGACUACCCAUUGAGAUGGCUAAGAGACCCAUCCGUCACAAAAGCUGUUGGCUUUCGUAGAAUGAAGUUCAUUUCAGAAGCCAUACAUGGUUUCCCAUUUACGGUCGGUUUUGAAGUUCGAUACUAUAACAAAGAAAAACGUACGUAUGAGAAAUUUGAACAGGGAAAACUUUUACAAGUGAAUUUGCUUGUAAACUUAGAAACAACUCUUCAAGCUUUUCAAGAAAAAAUAAACGAUAUCUAUCUCGAAUAUGCAAACCAGUAUAACAUUGACGAAGGAGAAUACCAUCUCGAUAUUAUUUAUGACAGGAAAAAUGCAACU